AUGGCUUCCGAUCCUUACGGAGACGUAGUGCCAAGAUGCCAAAAUCUGGUCUUACUUCGUGAAGAACCGAAGCAGCCAGCAAACACAGUCCGGAUCGACGCCGAAGCCGCAAAACAGCAAGCAAAAUUACAUUCGAGCGCGAUCUUCGUGGCGAGAGACAAGAUAUUGCGGAUACUCAAUGGCAGAGAAGCGCGUUUGCGUAAGAGAUGGGCAAAGAAAACCCACGAGCAGAGAAGAAAGAUCUUACAGAGUGUAUGGCCAAAUAUUUCAAGCAGACACCGUCCGGACAUUCAUGGAAUUCUUGAUUCACUCUACACCACAAAGAAACCACGAGAAGAUGAUGCAAUUUACAAAUGGCCGCACCUCAACGUUGAGGACCUGACCCAUGGCCAAUCUCUGCCCCUCUUACUCAAUAGUCGAGGAUGUAACGACCCAGGUGUGUUUGCGCAUGCCGACUUGGCGUCUUGCAAAAUCGGCCUCUUCAAUGGAAAAAUCAGAACCGCUUGGUAUCCGGACGGGGAGGCAGUGAUGGUGUUCGUUGGCCAGAACACAUCGGAGACAUAUGGAGAGUUUGUCCAUUGCGUUACGAGCCCACGUGCACUUCUUCUGUGGCUUGCUGGCGUCCAUUUCGGUAUCGGAGAAGGCCUCUUGAUCCUCGAAGUUCAGCGGAAGAUCUACGAAUUCCUCCUAGAUUGCUGUGGCAAAAUAUUCUCCGAUGUCCCGUGGAAUGAGUUGCUCAGCAUGCAACUUCCGCAACAGCCAGAACCAGAACCCAUCGAAACAAAUGAUGCCUCGUAUGUCAAUCUAGCAUCUGCCGUAGCGGAAGCACCGUUUCGAGUCCCUGCCACUCUUGAUACCGGCAGGCUUCUACAAUUGAUCGAGGCGAAGCGAGCUGCAGCGGAAGACCAUGCCUGGAGCAUCAGAGAAGAUCCUGGCUACUUCAAGCACGUCAUACUGGCACGAUCGAUUCACCGGCAAGAGCAUGUGCGUGAUGAGAAAGGAAACAAAAGCCCCUCGCUCUACAGUGAGAACUUUUGGAACGACGUGGUUCUGGACACGCUCUUUUCCACAUACACUGUGCUGCUUAUGUGGGAUGUACUUUACGACCUGGCCCACGCACUUGCUACCAAAACGCCCAAGGGGUUUGCCAGUUUCGAUUACCGAAAGCCACUGCCUCAGGAUGUGGAGUCUCUCGUACUUGAUAUGAUGGUGAUAGCGGAUGCCUACGCUCGUGGUCGUAAGACAGAGCUCUCCAAUGCUGUUCCUGCCUCACGAGAAUUGGGGAACUGGGUGCGAGUGACCGACCCACGUCGGACGUCAGAUCAACCAGGCAAGCCAGGAUUGUGCAUGAAGAGAAAGGACAUGCGAUCCCUCAGCGACGAUCCUCUGACGGGAAUGUUCGAGCUUCUUUUUGAUGUCCGCGGCGCUGCUAUCAAGGGAGUUGGCCUAUAUCACACUGUUGACGAAAUACAGCGUAUCAUUCAAAGCGACCGGCGACGGGCGCAGAGACUAUCUCCCUUAGUCGCCGACAUGUUCUCAGACCUGGCGCUCAUGGCUAAUAUAUGUAGAGCGCUUGACGGGCUGUUUCCAUGGUCGUUGAGAUUCGAGCGAAAGCAACAGAAUGCGGAGCCCAUAGAUUGCCCGCAGAUCAAGCUCAUCGACAUCGUGCAGAAGAUCAUCGACAAAGGCAGCGAGAAUUCUGCUAGUGCGAGUGAGAUUCGUCUGCCGCUGCCGAUCAAAGAUUCGCUUGACUAUCCGAUCCAUAAAAUAUACGGCGAGCAAAAUGUGGAAAGCCUUCGGCGCGUGCGGAAUGCAAUCUCGACACAUUCUGGAACAAGUGGGACCAUUUUUUCUUCAGUCACACAGGAGAGACGCUCAAUGAUAUCUUGCGGCGGUCCUCGAAGGGUCCACGGGUGA